UGUCGCACAGCGCAGAGGAUUGUGGGUCGGAGGAGGCAGCAGAGAAGCGUCAUUAUCACUACUACGGGACUGACGGCGGAAUCCUUCCUGAGCUGCAAGCCUUUUCUCCGCACUGAAGUGCCUUAAAAAGUGGAGGGAGCGAUGGCACACGGAGACCUGAUGAGCCAAGCGGAGGACGUAGCGGACCAGUUCCUACGGGUCACCAAACACUACUUACCCCAUGUGGCCCGGCUCUGCUUGGUCAGCACCUUCCUGGAGGACGGGGUGCGGAUGUGGUUCCAGUGGGGGGAGCAGAGCGAGUACAUUGAUUCCACCUGGAACUGUGGAAGCUUCCUUGCCAACUUCUUCGUCCUGCUCAACCUGCUGGUACAACUUGGUGGCUGUCUGUUGGUCCUCAGUAGAAACUUUGUUCAGUAUGCCUGCUUCUCUCUGUUUGGGAUUAUCGCUCUGCAGACGGUGGCUUACAGCAUCCUGUGGGACCCAAAGUUCCUUAUGAGGAACCUCGCGUUGAACGGAGGCCUACUCCUCCUCCUGGCAGAGUGCCGGGGGGAGGCUCGCAGCGUGUUUGCAGGAGUUCCUUCUCUCGGUCAGCAGAGUUCUCCAAAGAAUCUCCUGCAGCUUGGAGGUCGAGUUCUCCUCGUCCUCAUGUUCAUGACGCUGCUGCACUUUGACCUCAGCCUGAUCAGUGUCCUGCAGAACCUGGUGGGCACGGCGCUCAUCGUGCUUGUGGCGGUGGGCUUUAAGACGAAGCUGGCGGCUCUGACUCUGUCCAUCUGGCUGCUCUGCAUCAACUUCACCUUUAACACUUUCUGGAGCAUUCCUUCAUACAAACCCAGUCACGAUUUCCUCAAAUACGACUUCUUCCAGACCACGUCGGUGAUCGGAGGCUUGCUUCUGGUGGUGGCAAUGGGACCUGGGGGGGUCAGCAUGGAUGAGAAGAAGAAGGAGUGGUGAGGAAGAUCUGUGGGGGGGGGGGGUGUGUUGAAGCUGAUUCUCAAUGGACAAAAAAGAACUGAUGCUUAAAAAGGAGAGGAAGAGGGAUAAGAAAAGAUGGAUAAUAUAUUUAAUUUGACAGAAAGAAAUACUUAAACUUUCAAAUCAAACAAAAUUAUGUUUAGAAAUGUAUCUUUAAAGAUAAUGAAGAAUUAUUAGGUUUAAAUCCACUAGUAGAGCGUCCUUAUACAGGACUCAAAGACACUUGGUUGUGUAGCUUUUAAUUGGAACGUGGAUAUUUGAACUGUUACGACGACUACAUCUUCCACAAAAUUGUUGUCAAAACAUUAUCAGAAAAGAGAAUAAAUAGAUCACAGAGAAAGCAGAGUCUUCGCCUUUAAGAUCAGUGACUUUGUGGUUUGUUAUGUGAAGUGAGUCUCGUGUGAGGAUUUACAGCAGACGAAGUGAAGCAUAUGUUUUCAGUGAGUUGGUAAGUUACAGCAGUUUGUAGAAAGUGUCCUGAGAAACUCAGGUUCCAGUUCAGCGUUUGUGAUAAGGGUCUUGUGUUGUGUUCACUACACUGAGUGCAUAAAAACACGUUUUGUGUAGGGGAUAAGCAGACACUCUUUUUUUAUAGCAGGAACAAACCCAAACAGGACGAGGUAUAGUUGCCUUAUCGAUUUAGAAAUUUUCUUUCACCGAAAUAGUCUGUUAGAUUCUACAGUUGGAAUAGCAGCAGAAAACUCUGCAGCCUUUUUUUUUAGAUGAGUCUACUGUGCUGUUAUCAUUUACAUGGAUUUACCAGAUUUUAUUGCUGCUGAUUGUUGUAAUGGAUAAAGUCCUCAAGAGACUGUGAUCAGAACUGUUUCUGUAGUGACUGUCACUCACUGAAGACCAUAAAAUGCUGUAAUUGAUCCAACUCGACCACUCUUUACUAGUUUGUUAGUAAGCUAUAGCAGCUACAAGCCAGGUAGAGACAACACAUCAGCCGUAAAUAACCAGGGCCCAGAAGUUCAUAGUACUUUUCAAGGGGCUCCAAUCUGGAAAUGCUGCAGUUUUAAGUAUCACUCAAGGUUUUGUUCAUUGAACUGGCCUGUUUUUGCUCUACAAAUCCAAGCUCAUCUAGAAAUUACACAUACCUCUAUUUAUCUCAAUUCUUCCUUCCUGCUUCUUCUCGGGCCUCAUAGCCACCACCAGAGACUCUGAGAGUCACAUGAUGUGUGUGUGUUGUAUAAAUGCUGCUGUCCUCAUAUUUGUACUGCCAGGUGAGAUUUUAACACAUAGAAUACCUGUUUCUGUUUGUUUUUUAAUCAGCUGCCUUCCUCACCUCUGAUGUUUCAGAUGGAAAAUCAUUUUUUUUUUUUACAUUCUGUAAUGCCUGGAACUUCAAGCAGAUGGAGCUGUUCAGCUACAGCACACACUGCGACACAUUUAUACUGUUUUACUUUCAUAAAGAUCUUUGUCUCUCAGUGUGAAACUCACAAAAGAGGCACACACUCCGCUGGGCUAUGCGUGUGUGUGUGUGUGUGUGUGUGUGUGUGUGUGUGUGUGUGUGUGUGUGUUUGUGACUCUUUUGUCUCUGAGUAUCGAUAAAGUUGUGAGAAAGUGAAAUAAUUUUCUAUCAUGUGUUUUUAUAGAAGAUGUAAAAUAAAUCAGUCCAGCAUUGUGA